CUUAAGACCACAUACUUAGGCUGUAUCUGUGCGAUAAUAGAAAAAAAUAAUUACAAAUUGUCCGGCGUGAGCGCAGAUAUCGAAUAUUUAAAUUGUUGAUAAUUUUACAGGUGAGCGCCAGUCGACCUGGGUGUAUGUCACGAUGAAGUCGUUGCAUGUGGCUCUCAUUGUUGUGAUCUCUAUCGCCUUAUUGGGUGCCAUUGGAGGUCUUAUAGCUUGGGGAGUGAUAGCUACUCAAAAAUGUUCAUCGGACAGUUCUCCUCAGUUGAGGAACAUGGAGUGGUGGGAGCACUGCACCUUGUACCAGAUCUAUCCAAGGUCUUUCAAGGACAGUGAUGCAGAUGGCAUUGGAGAUUUGGAAGGUAUAAUGCAAGAACUGGAACACUUCAGAGAUGCUGGAGUGGACGCUAUUUGGAUGUCUCCCAUCUUCAAGUCUCCUAUGGUAGACUUCGGAUAUGACAUCAGCAACUUCUAUGAAAUCCACGAGGAGUAUGGAACCAUGGAACAGUUUGACCAGCUACUUAAGAGGGCUCAUGAGCUUGGAAUAAAAUUGCUAUUGGACUUCGUGCCGAACCACGCCAGCAAUGAAUCCAAAUACUUCAUUGAGUCCGAAGCGCGAAAUCCAAAAUACGAGGACUUCUUCAUCUGGGAUGACGGCAUUGUGAACCCUGAUGAUCCAAAUGGCAGACCACUCCCCCCUUCAAAUUGGGUGAGUCAAUUCGGCGGAUCAGCGUGGGAAUGGAGCACCAAGAGACAGCAGUACUACCUUCAUCAGUUCGCGGUUGAGCAAGCAGACUUCAACUUCCGAAACCCCGAAGUGAAACAAGAAAUGUUUAGCAUUAUGAAGUUCUGGCUGGACAAAGGCGUCGAUGGCUUCAGAGUUGACGCGCUGCCAUAUCUUAUCGAAGCAGAUCCAGCCGACCAUGGUGGAAAAUACCCUGAUGAUCCACUAAGUGGAUUGGCUGAGUUCGAAUCCCAUCAGCUUGGGUACACAAUUCCGCUAUACACCAAAGACUUAAUCGAAUUGUAUGACGUCGUGUAUGAAUGGAGAGAGUUUAUCGAUGAAUACAAUAAGCAGCACGGAGGAGACACCAGGGUUCUAUUCUCGGAAGGAUAUGCAAACAUAACAAUGACCAUGUUGUACUACGGGAAUGAGAAAGGAAAGAUAGGUGCUCACUUCCCGUUCAAUUUCGACUUCAUCACCGACGUUUCUGCCAAGUCUAAUGCGAGAGACUUUGUCUACACUAUACUGAAAUGGCUCACUUACAUGCCCCAUGGAGCAGUAGCUAACUGGCAGUUUGGCAACCACGACAACAACAGAAUGCCAACGCGGUUCCGCCACGACAUGGUGGACGGUCUUAACUCUCUGAACAUGAUGCUACCUGGCACCUCAGUCACCUACCAGGGUGAAGAGAUCGGCAUGAGAGACGGCUACGUCUCCUGGGAAGACACAGUGGAUGUGGAGGCAUGUAACCGAGGGGACCCUGACACCUACCACCUGUACUCCCGCGACCCUGCCAGAACCCCAUACCAUUGGAACGAUUCUCCAAAUGCUGGUUUCUCCACCAACUCCUCAACGUGGCUUCCAAUUGCUGAGGAUUAUACAGAAAUUAAUCUGGCCAAACAGAAGGCAGAUGCGAGGAGUCAUUACAAGGUGUACCAAGCGUUGACAAACUUAAGAAAGGAGAAGACUCUUUCCCACGGCGAGUACGAUAUCAGGGCGCUGUCAGACAGCUCGUUCUACCUGGUCCGGUACCUGAGGACAUACGACACGCUGGUGUUGCUGUUCAAUGUGGGCACCGCUGCCGACACCCUUGUGUUGGACAGGGUCCCGUACCUCAGGAGACCAGCUACCGUGUACAUCUCUAGCAUACAUUCCACCAGGGUCGCUGGAACUGUCAUUGAUGAAAACGAGCUGGUCCUGGCUGCUGGAGAAGCUUUGAUACUGAGGUCACCAUCUGCUUAAGUUAUUUGUAUGAUGUAAUAAUAUAUUGUUAAGCAUACUGAUGUACAUAAAGACUAUUUUUGUUUAUAAGUGUUACAUGUAAAUUAAGUUAUUUAAAUAUAUUAAUUUGAAUCAA